AUGGCAGCUAUGUCUUCACAGAAGGAGGAGGUAGAAAAGGCACCUAGACUACCUAUGCCAUCACGAAAUCCUUUACCAUUAUCCGCAGCACAAGAAGCUCAAGUCCAAGAAGUUUACCAUACAAGAGUGCGGAGUUACUGUGCGGCAGAGAUUAAGACGUUCGCAGAGUGCGCUCUCGGAAGAACCUUCACUGCUCCGUUCAAAUGCAGAGAACAAAAUCGAGCGAUGAACAAUUGCAUGAUAACGCAUGCCACACAAUCAGAAAAGGAUGCAGCUAGAGAAGAGUGGUUUUCACUGAGAUUACAGAGACAGAGGGAUCGUGAAGCAAAGGAGGCGAGGAGGAAAGAGCAAGAAAAGUUCCAUAGGGAAUGGUGGGGUCUACCAGCCGAAGAAAGAGAAGGCGACAAAGGUAAAGAAAUAAUGAGGAAGGCAGAAAGAGUUGGUGGAUUUCCCAGGAGGGAUGAAGGACAGCUUAGCAAAGAUCGGCAUAGGUGA